UUCUUUUUCCGUUUUUUUCAUUUUCCACUUUGUUUCUUUUAAAAAGCCUUUUUUCUAGAUUGUUUUUUCUUUCUUCUUUCAAUUCGAGGAAAUGAGAAAUUUCAAUUUUAUUUUUAUUUGAUACGAAUUAGGGUUUGGAUUUGUAAAACCACGCUCUUACCGAUUUUGUUUUCGAAAAAUGUUGAUUAGAGAGUUUAAUUUAUUGGAUUUGUAGCUCCGAUCUUGAAAUUAGGGUUUGGAUUAGAGAGUAAUUGUAGCAAUGGAUGUUGAUUCCACGAUGGUGCCGGAAACCGAUCAAGAUUCGGCGGUUCAAAACUCUACAUCGCCGUCAAUGGAUAGAGAGCAGCAGCUAAGGGAUCAGCCGCAGCCUGCGGGAUCUCCGGCGUCUCCUACUUCUGUUGCGGUGAAUCCUCCUAUGCUGCAGCCGCAGCAGGCGCAGCAGCCUGCGCAAACGCAGCAAAGCCCCGUGGUGGGGCCGAGGCAUGCACCUACUUAUUCGGUGGUGAAUGCGAUUAUUGAGAAGAAGGAAGAUGGUCCGGGGCCUAGGUGUGGACAUACGUUAACUGCAGUGGCUGCCGUUGGCGAGGAGGGUACGCCUGGAUACAUUGGACCUAGGUUGAUUUUGUUUGGUGGCGCCACCGCUCUUGAAGGCAAUUCUGCAGCAUCAGGGGCUCCCUCCUCAGCUGGAAAUGCCGGCAUCCGACUAGCAGGCGCCACUGCAGAUGUUCACUGUUAUGAUGUGCUAACAAAUAAAUGGUCUCGCAUUACACCGUUCGGAGAGCCACCCACUCCAAGGGCUGCUCAUGUGGCAACUGCAGUGGGAACUAUGGUCGUUAUCCAGGGUGGAAUUGGUCCCGCUGGUUUGUCUGCUGAAGAUCUUCAUGUUCUUGACCUCACACAGCAAAGGCCAAGAUGGCAUAGAGUUGUUGUUCAAGGCCCUGGACCUGGGUCACGAUAUGGGCAUGUGAUGGCUUUGGUGGGCCAAAGGUAUCUCAUGGCAAUUGGAGGGAAUGAUGGGAAGCGUCCUUUGUCAGAUGUAUGGGCCCUUGACACUGCAGCCAAGCCUUAUGAGUGGCGUAAAUUAGAACCUGAAGGGGAAGGUCCACCACCAUGCAUGUAUGCCACUGCAAGUGCGCGUUCAGAUGGUCUUCUUCUGCUUUGUGGAGGGAGGGAUGCCAAUAGCGUGCCGCUAGCAAGUGCCUAUGGACUUGCCAAACAUAGGGAUGGUCGUUGGGAAUGGGCAAUUGCUCCUGGUGUCUCUCCAUCGCCAAGAUACCAACAUGCAGCAGUUUUUGUUAAUGCUAGGCUGCAUGUGUCUGGAGGUGCACUUGGUGGUGGUCGUAUGGUAGAAGACUCUUCAAGUGUUGCAGUGCUGGAUACUGCAGCGGGAGUUUGGUGUGAUACAAAAUCUGUUGUUACUAGUCCAAGGACUGGCAGGUACAGUGCUGAUGCUGCUGGUGGAGAUGCAGCAGUGGAGUUGACAAGACGAUGUAGGCAUGCGGCUGCUGCAGUUGGUGACUUAAUAUUUAUUUAUGGUGGUUUACGUGGCGGAGUCCUGCUUGAUGAUUUACUUGUUGCUGAAGAUCUAGCUGCUGCUGAAACAACAACUGCAGCUUCUCAUGCUGCAGCUGCAGCUGCUGCAUCUAAUGUCCUUGUGGGAAGGAUACCUGGAAGUGGUGGAAGGUAUUUUGGUGAUGAAAGAUCUAAGCAAACAAUGUCUGAAGCAGCACCUGAUGGUUCUGUUGUCCUGGGUAAUCCAGUUGCUCCCCCAAUUAAUGGUGAUAUGUACACAGACAUAAGCACUGAAAAUGCCAUGCUUCCGGGACCUCGGAGAAUGAGCAAAGGAGUGGAAUAUUUGGUUGAAGCAUCGGCUGCAGAAGCUGAGGCUAUAAGUGCCACUCUGGCUGCUGCUAAGGCACGGCAAGUUAAUGGAGAAGUUGAACUGCCAGACAGGGAUCGGGGUGCUGAAGCUACCCCUAGCGGCAAACAGAUAUCUACUUUGAUUAAGCCUGAUUCUGCUGGAUUAAAUAAUAUUGUUCCAGCUGGAGUUCGACUGCAUCAUAGAGCUGUGGUUGUAGCUGCAGAGACUGGUGGAGCCUUAGGUGGGAUGGUCAGACAGCUUUCAAUUGAUCAGUUUGAAAAUGAAGGCAGGCGGGUCAGCUAUGGUACUCCAGAGAGUGCAACUGCUGCUAGGAAACUACUAGAUCGACAGAUGUCCAUCAAUAGUGUGCCCAAAAAGGUGAUUGCUCAUCUUUUAAAACCUCGUGGUUGGAAGCCUCCAGUACGUCGGCAGUUUUUCUUGGAUUGCAAUGAAAUAGCCGACCUUUGUGACAGUGCUGAAAGAAUAUUUUCAAGUGAGCCAAGUGUUUUACAGCUGAGGGCUCCUAUCAAAAUAUUUGGUGAUUUGCAUGGGCAGUUUGGGGAUCUAAUGCGCCUUUUUGAUGAGUAUGGUGCACCUUCAACAGCUGGUGAUAUAGCAUAUAUUGAUUAUCUAUUUCUAGGAGAUUAUGUUGAUCGGGGCCAGCACAGCCUAGAAACCAUUUCUCUUCUGCUUGCUUUGAAGGUGGAGUAUUCCCAUAAUGUUCAUUUAAUUCGUGGAAACCAUGAAGCUGCAGAUAUCAAUGCACUUUUUGGUUUCCGGAUUGAGUGCAUUGAGCGCAUGGGAGAAAGAGAUGGAAUUUGGGUGUGGCAUCGGAUAAAUCGUUUGUUCAAUUGGCUACCGUUGGCAGCACUAAUUGAGAAGAAAAUCAUUUGCAUGCAUGGUGGUAUUGGCCGUUCAAUAAAUCAUGUGGAACAGAUUGAGAAUCUUCAGCGUCCUAUUACCAUGGAAGCAGGCUCAAUUGUGCUUAUGGAUUUAUUAUGGUCUGAUCCAACAGAAAAUGAUAGUGUAGAAGGAUUGCGGCCAAAUGCUAGAGGUCCAGGGCUGGUGACUUUUGGGCCUGAUCGAGUAAUGGAAUUCUGCAAUAACAAUGAUCUUCAAUUGAUUGUACGUGCCCAUGAAUGUGUUAUGGACGGAUUUGAGCGUUUUGCCCAGGGACAUCUAAUCACACUUUUCUCAGCUACUAAUUAUUGCGGUACUGCCAAUAAUGCUGGGGCAAUAUUAGUUUUGGGAAGAGAUCUUGUGGUGGUUCCAAAACUAAUUCAUCCUUUACCACCAGCUAUGUCAUCACCGGAAGCUUCACCUGAACGGCACAUUGAAGAUACAUGGAUGCAGGAGUUGAAUGCCAACAGACCUCCAACACCAACUAGGGGACGCCCUCAAGUAACAAAUGAUCGGGGAUCUCUUGCUUGGAUAUAGUGGAAGUUUCCGAGUACAUGAGUAGAUCUAUUUUUGGGCUUAUGCUGCCAGCUUGGGUGCCUGUAUAGAGCAUGGUGCCGUAUCCAGGAAUUCUGCGUUGUGUUGUUGCUUGUAGAAGUUUGAAGGCUUUCUGAUUCUUUGAUUGAAGAUGCAGAUGAAAAAAAUACAAGUUGGAGAAGCAGCAGUUAGGUUCAUUUGCUAAAUGAUUCAGUUGAGGAACACCCGUGUUUGUAUAUUGAGCCACAUGCGGGGGGGUAUAAGUCGUCAAAUGAGUUGUUUUUUUCUUCUUCUUAUAUUAUCCUUCAUUAGUUUAAUUUUUCCCCUAAUUCCUCGUUUUAGGCCUUAUAUUUUUUCUUCUUUUAAGUCCUUAUAUUUUAUUUAAUAUUUGUGGGCGUACAUGUAUCAUAAAGGUGUAAUUCUUAUUUGUGCUAUAUACAAUACAAUGUAAUUUGUGUGAA